GGUGCACUACCGAGUACCAUCACUGAUUUUUUUUUCCUAAUUUUAAUUUGUCUACUAUAAAAUUAUGAUACUUUAGGUCUUAUAAAUUAAGAACAAUUAUAAUGUAAUGUUACUGUUCACGAUUAACAAACAAAAUAAUACGUCAACAUCGUAGUCAUUUGGUUGGUUUAAAAUCGUCCUCUGUAUGUUUUAUAAAUGUACGUAACUGAAAUUUAAUUUAGUUUUAAUUCGUUCGCGAUCACAUUAUUUUUAUUACUGCAACCCAUGUUACAUAUACGUCUUUAAUAUACCGUUUGUAUGUGCAUUUAUUAUAUCAAUUUUGUGUAAUUUAUGAAUAUAUAUUUACGCAAGUAAGUAAAUCGAACUCAAGAUCUUGCUUUCGGCAAUAAUAAUAAUUGGUAUGCUCAAGAAAUAAUUUCUACAAAUUACAUGCUUACACUAUUACUAUGAUGUGCAGCAGAUAAUUUCAUUAAGUAUCGGCUAAUUUGUAAUAUUUGGUAAAGACAGAUUUUUUUCAAAUGUCUAGUGAUAUGUCUUCGAAUGCGGAGGAUUUGCCAUUAGAUGCUGGUAAAGCAUUUCGCAUGAGUGAAGGUGAUUGGGUCUGUCCAAACACUCAAUGCGCAAAUAUUAAUUUUGCUCGUCGCACCCAUUGUAAUAGAUGUAAUAAGGAACGUGAAGACUUACCAGUCAAGAAAAAAGCUGGUGCUGAAAUUGGUAAGGCAGCUGCUGAAAAGAGUAAAGGUCUGUUUUCAGCUGAUGACUGGCAAUGUAGUAAGUGUGGCAAUGUGAAUUGGGCACGUCGAUCUCAAUGUAAUAUGUGUAAUGCACCUAAAUUUGCUGAUCCAGAAGAACGUACUGGUUAUGGAGGUGGUUACAAUGAUAGAGGAGUUGUUGAGUAUGUUAAACGAGAAGAGUCAGAUGAUGAGUAUGAUGAAUUCGGACGAAAGAAAAAAAAACAAAAAAGAGGUAGUGGUUCUAUAAGCGAGGAUUCCAAUAGUCAAAAUGGUAAAGAAGAUAACAACGAUAGAGGAAAAAAUAAAACAUGGUCAAAUGCUAUUAUUGAAAAUGAUGAUGAUGAUGAUGAUGAAGAAGACGAUGAUGAUGAUGAUGAUGAAGAUGGAGAUCUUUCAAAAUAUGAUUUGUCUGAAUGGGAUGACUUAGCAGCCCAAGCCAAAAGAGAUAGAUCAAGAUCUAGAUCACCAUUAAAAUAGUUAUGAUUUAAAUAUUUUUUUAAGUUAUGGUUAUUUACAACGUUAUUGACCAGUCUACAAUCAAUAUUUUCCAAUAAAUCAACCAUACCACAAAUCAAUUUAGUAAUUAGAUCAUAUGUUUAUCUGACAUUUUAUUUAUUUUGAACACUAUCAAUUUAUAUUUAACCGUUAAAUAUUUUUAUUUUACAUGAUUAUAUAAUAAUUAAUGUAAUGUAUGCAUAAAAAGCCAAAAUACUAAAACUAUGUCAUUAAAAUAAGUUG